GAUCACGAGUUUGUGAGCUGUUACUGCAAGGACAAGACCGAGUUUGCUACUCUUCUCAGGGAAUGUGGAAACUCGAGAGCUCUAGCGCGGGAUGUAUGGCAAGUGCGGUAACUUGGAUGAUGCCCGCUCCGUCUUCGAUCGUAUUCCUGCCAAGAACAUCUACUCGUGGAACAUCAUGCUGUCAGCUUACCAGCGUGCCGGUUGUGGAGUUUCGGCACUCAAGCUGUUGCGGGAGAUGGAUUUGGAUGGUGUUCGACCGGACAGUGUAACUUACGUAAGUUAUGUCACCGCUUGUUCAUCGGCUGGAGCAGUCGAGCAGGGAAAGUUUACUCAUUCCAGGAUCGCUGCUACUGGGCACUUCGCAGCGGACGUUUCCGUGGGGAAUUCGCUGGUGAACAUGUAUGGAAAGUUCGGACUCGUGGAGGAAGCCAGGACGGUCUUUGAGAGCAUGGUCGCAAGGAAUACAGUGACUUGGAACACGCUUAUCGGAGCUUAUACCCAGAACGGGCAUAGCAGGGAGGCGCUUGUGCUAUACAAGCUGGCGAAAGAGAGCGGUGUGAAGAUGAGCUAUGUGACUUACGUGGUGGCUCUUGGCGCCUGUUCCACUCUCGGGCAAGGCAGGGAAGUUCACUCGGACAUCGUCGCUGCGACGUGCGAGCUCAACGCUACGGUGGAAAACGCUUUGAUCGGAUGCUACUCCAGGUGCCAGAGUUUGGAAGAUGCCCGGCUCGUUUUCAACUCCAUGCAGUGCCGGAAGAACGCCGUCUCUUGGAACUCUAUGAUCUCGGCCUGUGUCGCGAACGGGCGUCCAGACGAAGCUCUUGAGAUUUACAGGAGGAUGGACUCGAGGCCUGACAGGGUGACUUUCAUGGGUGUCCUCGGUGCCUGCUCUAGUCUUCCAGAGGGAAGAGAGAUCCAGCAGCGUAUCAAGGCUGAAGGCUUGCAGACUAAUGCCUGUGUGGCCAACGCGCUGAUAACCAUGUACGGGAGGUGUGGAAGCUUGGUGGACGCGAGAGAAGUCUUUGACGCGAUGCCGGAGCGAGAUAUCAUCUCCUGGAACGCUCUGAUCAACGCUCAUGCUCAAAACGGCGAUGGAAGAGGUGCUCUCGGGCUUUACCACGAGCUUCAAGCGGACGACAAGCUAGAGCCGGAUGGUGUGACUUUCGUGGCAGUUCUCGGUGCCUGCGUAGCCUGCAAAGACUUCAAACAGAGUGACGAGGUCUCCAAGCGGAUCAUUCGUAGCGGGAUCUACAAGGACGACGUUGUUCUGGCCACAGCCCUCGUGAGCAUGCUUGGAAAGUUUGGCGAGAUGGAACAGGCGAGGACAGUGUUUAGCGGCAUGGCUAAAAGGACAGCCAUCUCCUGGAACGCCAUGCUUGCGGCAUACUGUGACAACGGGCACGCUCGCAAAGCUCUGGAGCUCUACCACGCAAUGGACGUGGAUCCGGACGAGGUGACUUACAUGACUGUCGCGGAGGCGUGCUCGAGCUCGCGAGAUCUUCAAGAGGCUGGAGCUCUACACGAGCGUGCUGCUGCGUCCGGCAUGCUGGCUCACGUCCCCCUGGCCAACGCUCUGGUCGCGAUGUAUGGCAAGUGCCAGCGCCUGGACGAAGCAACCCGAGUUUUCGAAGGGAUUCCUCGCCGGAGUCUCGUCUCGUGGAACUCCAUGAUCGCGGCCUGUGUGGACAACGGGGAGAACGCCCGAGCUGUGGAGCUGUUCAAAGAAAUGGAGCCGCCACCAGACGACGUAACUUUCCUGAGCGUCUUCGCGGCGUGCUCCAACCUUGGCGACUUGGCUAUGGCGAGGGAAGCUCACGGAGCAUUUGGAUCCAGGGAGCUGCUCGAUGACACCGUGGGAACUUCGCUCGUGAGCAUGUACGGGAGGUGUGGGAGCCUCGCCGACGCUCGAGCGGUGUUUAAGAGGAUGCCGAGGAGGGACGCGACGAGCUGGACGAGCAUGAUCGUGGCGUGUGCUCGCGGCGGCGAUGGCGUUGCCGGGGUGGCGGCGUUCUACGCGAUGGGACUGGAGGGAGUGGCUCCCGACGAGAUCAGCUUCCUGGCGGUGCUCUUCUGCUGCAGCCACACGGGGCUGGCGCGCCAAGGCCGGGAGUUCUUCGUGCUCAUGCUUGAGGAGCUGGGAGCUCGGGCCGAGCACUACGUGUGCAUGGUCGACCUGGUUGGUCGGCUUGGAUGGGUGGAGGAGGCACAGAAGCUCUUGGAAGCCAUGCCUUUCCAGGCCGGUUCCAUCGCGUGGCUGGCGCUGCUGGGGUCUUGCAACGUCCAGAGGAGCUCCCGGCGUGGAGCGCUGGCGGCCGAGCGCGUGAUCGAGCUGGAGCUGGAGGAAGCGAGGCGUGGCAGCGAUUUGCAAGGUUUGUGAAUCUCGAGCUCUUUCUGCAAACCUUGUCGGCAUUUAUAGCAUAUAAAUCAUUUCCGAGAAGAGAAAGCAUUCCUGGAUUUGGAUUGA